UGGGUCGGAUUUGAGCUUUCAUUUCAUUCAUAUCCUCCUCUCGUAUAAAUGUAUAUCCAGUUAAAUAGUUAGUUUAGUUUUAGCCGGAAUACGGAUCAGAUCAGCUUGUAAAUAAGUAAGGAUCAGUCGAAUUUGGGAAAGAUCAAACACGUCAAAAUUAUAAAAAGCCGGAACUCAGAUCAGAUCAGCUUGUCCAUAAAUACAAAUCUGUCGAGUUAAACACAGAUUAUUGUGAGGUCACCCGGUUUUAAAUACAUACAGAUUAUUUACCGACUGCAAAUCGUAGUGGAAGAUUUGCUUACGCGAAAUAUUGUGGGAUGACGUGAUGUGAUAUUUUAUUAGUCAUUCAGCGUGAGAAACAUUGCAGGAUUACAUACAUUGCAUGGGGAAAUUAUUUGUGACUGGGUACUCAAACGUACCGAUGUGAUACAUUACGAGUAGCCAAUCAGUGUGAGAAAUAUCUCAGGAUUACUUUGCAUGGCGAAAUUAUUUGCGAAAUUAUUUGCGAAAGGUACCAGUACCUAGUGCUCGGCGCGAGACGAGACCAUGCAUCUCGAAAAUUUCGAGACGAGAUUCGAGACGAGAUUCGAGACGUCAUCUCGUCUCGUCUCGAUUAGUCACUUUCGAGACGAGACAAGGAAAUCUCGUCUCGUCUCGUGCCGAGCACUAGGUACUGAUUUAUCGAUAUGGCGUAGCUCGCUGCUAUGAAUAAUUUGUAUGCACUCUCGAUCGUCUCAAGGAAGUAAUUUCUAUCGGUCGGUAAUGUUUUUCGAUAAAAAUCUACCAAUCCGUGCCAAUGACGAUUAUUCCGCGAUGUUCUUCUCUCUUCUUCCGGCCGAUUCGACUCGUCAGGAAAAGAACGCUGGUCCUCUGGACGUUCGCCUUCACGGGAUGCGUCCUCUUCUAUAACUGGGUCAAUACGGAGUAUGGGAAUCCGUACGGGUUAAAUUACUUUUUGGACGAUGGGGGUGCUCCCGGCUCGCUGGAAUACGUGGUGGAUACGGAACACUGCAAAAUUCUCAAGCUUAGUCCAUGGGAGCCGGCUAUUCUGGACUUUAUCAAGCCAAAGAUAACCCCACCCGACUGUUCGCAGCGGAACAAUGGGCGGAAAUGGGUCUAUGUAAAAAAUUCGAAAAUUUGCAUCAACGACACCGCCGUGAUAGCGUCAGGGUACUCGAUGUCAUCGGUACGCUGUUGCUACAAGGGGAUCAUCCGCGUGACGCAAACUUUAGAAAAUUUCGACUUAAAUGCGGACAACCAGGUCGAAUACACUUCGACCUGCACCCCGCUUGAAAAAGUGACCCCCCUUCCGGACCACGAUUUUGCCCGGGUUUUCUGCACCUCGACGUCCUGGCCGUACUUGGGCGAGGUCGUUUAUCGGGAGUUUGUCGCCAUUCCGAAGGCACGGAAGGCGGAGUCCUUGGCGAAAGUGGCGUAUUGGGCGACCCGUCGUGACCUGACGAGGCCUUUGCCCCCUUCCGUGGUCAUGUUGGGGAUCGAUUCACUCUCCAGGAUGAACUAUCAUCGUAGCUUCAACCUCACAAAGACAUUCCUAGACGGGAUCGGGGCCGUGGAGAUGAUGGGAUAUACGAAAGUCGGAGAGAACACUUUCCCAAACACGGCCGGAUUUUUGACGGGUUUUGACCCCGCCGUGGAUCCCGAGCUGCUGGAGGGAUGCAUUUUAACGCGUGAAACACCGCAAGAUUUUUGCCCCUAUAUUUGGAAACGUUUUUCUGAUGCGAACUAUCUCACGGCGACGGUGGAGGACGCGCCGGGUCUCGUGGGGUUCAACUACUUGAAGGUCGGCUUUGUUCAGGAACCGACGGACUUUUACUUUCGCCCCUUCAUGCUCCAAGUGCACAAGAGCCUGCCGAGAAAGGACUACUACCACACCGACUGUAUCGGCACCUCCACCACAGAAGAGACCCUGCUAUCCUACAUUUCCUCCAUAAUGUCGCACUCUUCCUCCACCCCCGUCUUCAUCCACUCCUGGCUCACCUCCCUCGCCCACCUCGACAUCAACGGGGCGCGCUUCGCGGACGCCACGGUGACGAAUUUCCUCUCUCGCGUCGACCUCUCCAACACGAUCCUCAUCUUCCUCUCGGACCACGGCCAACGUUACGGCGCCAUCCGCGAAACGCUUCCCGGCUGGUACGAGGACAAACUACCCGUUCUCUCGAUUUACCUUCCCGCCAAAGUCAAAGCUUCCUUUCCCACGUGGGCGGACGCGCUCGCGCUCAACGCGGCGCGCUUAUCGUCACCCUUCGACCUUUAUCAGAUGAUGAGCCAUGUCUUAGAUGCGUAUUCGUCUCGGGAAAAAGAGGCUGACGGCCGCGGUCAACCGCCCAAAUUUGACACUACGCGCGCCCGCGGCCAGUCGCUCUUCGUCCCCAUCUCGCCGCUCAGAAGAUGCUCCGAUGCCGGGGUGAAGACCAACUUUUGUGCGUGCCUCCCCCCAAAAAAGGUGAAUGCGUCGGACCCCCUCGUUCUCCAGGCGGCCGUGGAGGCGGUAAAAUAUUUAAACAGUGUUAUUCCGAAAACCAAGUGCGUCCCGGUGGUGCUGGACAGGGUCGUGGCGGCGGCCGUGAUGCAAAAUGGGGCGACCGAGGGGACAUAUCUCGUCACUUUCUACACUAACCCGGGUCAAUUUAUGUUUGAAGCGACGGUGGAUUUUGGACAGAGUGGAGCAAAGGGUCAAGUUUGGUUUAAUGUGACGACGGAUUUGUUGAGGAUGAAUAAAAUAUCGAGACCGGCGGAUUGUGUGGAGACCUCGUUGCUUGAGAGGUACUGUUACUGCAAGUAGCAGGACAGCGUUGGUGAUAAGAUAUGUGGAGGUCGACGCCGUCGAUCGUAUGUCGCUGGCAGCAUUUUACCUCGCCAAAUCUGAUUUCUUGUGUCUUCGACAUUGUGACGCCGAGAAAAAAUCGACAAAAUUGACGCCGCCACCGCCACGAAAUUUGGACCUUUGGGACUACAAGUAGUGAAUUUUCUUUAAAUAAAGCUGUGAUAUUAAAAAGAACAAGGAAAACAUACCAAGAAUUAAUUCAUGAGACUGAUGAAUAACGCGUUCAGAAAAUAUUUAAAUACUUAAUUACUAACUGUAUACUUAAUUGAGUCAUUAAUUUAGCCAUGUAAAACUAUGACAAACUCGCAGAGAUUAUCAGUAUUUAAUUAAUGGAGAUGAGACCGGUUUUUUAUUAUUCUGGUCAAGUUUAUGUCACAGCAAUUCUAGUUUUCGGAUUGUUAGAAAGACGAAUACUGCCCCGUUCAUAUGUGGCAACUUGCGCCAUAGUUAAACGAUAACAUUGGGUGCAAGUUGGUAAUUAAUGAGCCAAGAAAUAAUUUUCUCAGAAAUGUCGUAUUUAAUUAAGAUGUGUAUAAUUUCCAUCAUAUUUGUUGAUCAAAGUUGUUUUUUGUUACUUUAUAUUGGGGCAAAUUACGUAAUAAAGUGUUAUUUAAGAGUGGAAA